AAUCUUCAUGUGUUGACAGAUCUGCAUUUAUCAAUGAUAGUGAACCUGAUGUUGCAUUCUUGAUCAAGAACUUGAAGAAUGUGAUAAUGAAGAAAUUAUCUGUGUCAUGUGUGACUGAGUCUCCCGUGUCCCUUUUUAUCUCUUCUGCUACUUCUUUCUCUGCUACUUCUCUCUCUGUUUCUUUCUCUGCUGCUUCUCAAUCUUCUACACUUGCUUCUGUGUCUGGUUCUCCCGCUUCUGCUACUCCUGUUCCUGCAAUCCCUGGUUUUACUGCCUCUGCUUUUGUUACUAGCUCUCCUCAUUUCAAGAAGAUAUUGUAUAGAUUUAAUGAAUCAUAUCUCUCAGCAUAUACACUUCUGCUCUUCUUGCUGACUCUCAGAACAAUUUAUUGUAUGAAGAUAACAAAAGAUAUCUGUGUUUUCAGAAACAGGAACACAGAUGUUGUACUCUUUUACACUCACAGACAUGAGACUU